AUCCUGACGCCAAAAUCCCUCUACCACCACACAUCUUCAAUCAUACCACCGAAACCACCAAUGUCAAAACCCGACGAAACCCUCGCCGCCGGAGUUCCAUUCUCCUGCAACUCCAAAACCAACCUCUUGGUCUUCGCCCUCUCAACUACUCUUCUCCUCGCAGCCGUCUCCUCCGACGACCACGUGAGAAGCAAGUGCGCCAUGACGCUCUACCCCGAGCUUUGCGAGACGACGAUAUCCACCGCCGUGGGAAGUAGUUCAAAAGAGGCAAUCGAAGCGUCGGUGAACAUUACGAUUGGUGCAGUGGGGGAUAAUUAUAGAAGGGUGAAGAAAUUGCUUAAGACAGAGAAUAGUCUGACGAAACGAGAGAAGAUUGCACUUCAUGACUGUUUGGAAACAGGGGAAGAGACGCUGAGAGAGCUUUAUGAAGUUGUUGAAGAUGUUAAUGAGUAUCCUAAUAAGAAAUCUCUCUCACGCUAUGCUGAUGACCUCAAAACUUUACUCAGUUCCGCCAUUACUAAUCAGGAGACAUGCUUGGACGGAUUCUCACACGAUAAAGCUGAUAAAAAAGUACGAGAGUCGUUAAAAGAAGGCCUUAUUCACAUCGAAAAGCUCUGCAGCAUUGCUUUAGCCUUGAUUAAGAAUCUUACUGACACCGACAUUGCCAAUCUCAACAAUAACAAUAACCAUCUCAGCCGAAAGCAAUUGAAGGAAAAGAACACCGACGAUAGAAUUAAUUGGCCAGAUUGGAUGUCACCCAACGAUCGAAGGCUUUUGCAAGCCUCAUCUACAGCCACUCCUGACGUGGUAGUAGCAGCCGAUGGGAGUGGCGAUUUUCGGACAAUUUCUGAAGCAGUUGCGGCAGCACCUAGUAGAAGUAGUCAAAGGUAUAUAAUAAGAAUAAAGGCAGGUGUUUAUAGAGAGAAUGUGAAUGUGGCAAGUAGUAAGAGGAAUAUAAUGUUUUGGGGAGAUGGAAGGGUUAACACUAUAAUCACCGGAAAUAGAAAUGUGGUCGAUGGAAGCACUACAUUCAACUCCGCAACCGUUGCGGCGGUGGGAGAAAGGUUCUUGGCGAGAGACGUUACAUUUCAGAACACCGCCGGUCCAUCAAAGCACCAAGCGGUGGCUCUCCGUGUUGGCUCCGACCUCUCUGCUUUUUACCGCUGCGACAUGCUCGCCUAUCAAGACACACUCUACGUCCACUCCAACCGCCAAUUCUACGUCCAGUGCAUCAUCGUCGGCACCAUCGACUUCAUCUUCGGCAAUGCCGCUGCCGUCAUCCAAGACUGCGACAUCCACGCCCGCCGCCCCAAUCCCGGCCAGAGGAACAUGGUCACUGCACAAGGAAGAACAGACCCAAAUCAGAACACUGGGAUUGUCAUCCAGAAAUGCCGAAUCGGAACCACCUCCGAUUUGCGGCCGGUGAUCAGCAAUUUCCCAACGUUUCUGGGGCGGCCGUGGCAGAGAUACUCGAGAACGGUGGUUAUGCAGACGAGUAUUAGCAAUGUGAUUGAUCCGGCGGGGUGGCAUGUUUGGGAUGGGAAUUUUGCGCUUGAUACUCUGUUUUAUGCAGAGUAUCAGAAUAGUGGUGCCGGUGCCGAUACGUCGAGGAGAGUGAGGUGGAAGGGGUUUAGGGUUCUUACCAGGGCGGCGGAAGCGGAGGCCUUCACGGCGGGGAAUUUCAUCGGCGGCGGCACCUGGCUGAGCUCCACAGGAUUCCCAUUUUCACUUGGCUUGUAAGAGUAAACGAGGUACUGACUUGGCGAUGGAAUGAAUAAUUGUUGUUUUGUUGUGUAUUUACUUACCGGCUUCCGGUGAUAAUUAAUAUAUGAGGAUAUUAAUCGUUUCUAGUUAUCAAAAUAUUUGUUGGGUUCUUCUGAA